AUGGCGCUGUCCAAAGGCGAGACCACUGCCGCCGAACUCACCAUUAAGUUCAAUCAGCUUCAGACACGCAAGAAGCAUCUCCGGUUUGCACGUUCACCCAUCCACGAUUGGGGUCUGUAUGCUAUGGAGCGAAUUGCGAGGGGCGAGAUGGUCAUCGAGUACGUCGGCGAGGUCAUCCGCGCGCAGGUCGCAGACAAACGCGAGAAAGCCUAUGAACGGCAGGGGAUCGGGAGCAGCUACCUCUUCCGUAUAGACGAAGAUUUGGUGGUGGAUGCGACGAAGAAGGGCAAUCUUGGCCGUCUGAUCAAUCAUUCAUGCGAUCCCAACUGCACCGCAAAGAUCAUAACGAUUAAUGGGGAGAAGAAGAUUGUCAUCUACGCCAAGCAGGACAUCGAACUUGGCGACGAGAUCACCUAUGAUUAUCACUUUCCUAUCGAGCAGGACAAGAUACCUUGCCUAUGCGGUUCUGCGAAAUGCCGUGGUUAUCUCAAUUAA